AACCUUUCAGCACCUGCACUUCAGUGGGCGGUGCUUGUCCUUAAACGGAUGUGUGGAUUAGCACGUGCACCUCCCCUUCCUUCCCCCAUCACCGUGGCUGAUGAAUUCUUCAACUGCUCUCGACUCGAGCAUGCAUUCGACACCCAGGAGCAAAUCGACGUUUCCCGCGACAACCCAGAGAGCGAUGGAUCCAGAGCUCCGUUCUUCAUUUGUGAUCGGCAACCAUGCCCUAAUCGCACUCUGCGGUCCAUCACUUCUGACGAAGGAUGCUAUGUGCCAAUCCGACGAGUCCAGCACCCCAGCGGCCCAGCACUUCGGUACACUGGCACUUCGAGAUCCACAUCUCGCCACAUCACUCCCAUUCUGUCCCGACCUGCCUCCCCAGGCACCUGCAUUCCCCAACCUGUCACCAGUACAGGUCAAGCACAAGGAGAUCCCAAUCUCCCUCAAGGAAUUGAGGCAGUCGCACAGCCUACAGCAACCCCUCAAGCGAUCCCCCAGCCCUCCUUGGGGCUGCGGUUGGAAAGGAACCCGAAGCCUGAGCCCUGUGACAGUCCAGCAGUUACUUGGGCCAGCUCGUCAUCAGCAAUCUCGUCCUCGACUCCAGUCCCUGUCGUACAUCACCCCGCCUCCGGACUUCCUCCGUCGCCUCCACUGUCGUCGCCGCCACGAGGCCGCUCGAGCAUUCGCUCCUCUCGAAGUUUGCCCGGCGGACAGUCACAACAGCCAUCUUCACCCGUGGGCAGUCCUCCAUCCCCCUUGUCGCUGGUAAUGUCAUCCCCAGCGUCCCCUCCCAAUAAGGAGACACUGAGGCUCCUGCUCCCCCUCCGAUACAAUGGCAAAACCGUCAUUGAGUGCGAUAGAUUCCUAUCUCAACUCUGCAUCUACUGGCUGGUCAAUAUGUCAUUGGCUACCAUCGAGCUCAAGGUGCAGGUUGCUUUGAGCCUCCUUGACAGCGACGCUCGCACCUGGGCUACCCCCUUCUUUGCCCAGCUCAUAUCAGUACAGUUAGGUACUCAAGGAGUCACGACCCCCUUCACCAAUGAAGCGGCUUUUGCUACCGCACUCAAAGCCCGCUUCAGCAAUCUCGACGACAAAGCUGCAGCACAGGUAAAGCUGGCCAAACUCUGUGCUGACAAAUCGGUAUGUGAAAAACGCACUGCCGCAGAGUUCUCCGCACUAUUCAAGGGUCCAGCGGACCGUUCCGGGUAUGGAGACCUGGAACUCCGCGACAAGUACCUGAGCGGCAUCCCCUCCCGCAUCUACCGCAAAAUUGAGCUCGAAAUGUUCACCACGUGGGAAGACACUGACAAGCACGCCACGGAGGUCGAACAAAUACUUGACAUCAGCUGGGCCCGUCGACCCGAGUUGAACAAUUUCUUCUCAGCUCGAGGAGGAGGAUGA